AUGGCCAAGGAGGUGUUGAACAACAUUCAGCCGUGUCUCCCUAGCGGUAUGCCUUGCAUGAUGCAAAUCGUCUCCACUGUGGCCUCCAUUGUAGAGUGCGGCAUCGAUCCACCGUCGCAGCAGCAGAACGGAAAGGCGCAAGGUGAGCCAAAAGUGCUUAGCGCGGGCCAGUCGUCAUCACUGACGCCAGUUCCGCUGAAGGCGAAGGAAGCGUUGAAGCUCAGCCUGUUUGCGUUUCACCUUCUAAAGAAGUGCUGUCACAUGAAGAACCCAGAGUCGAACGAGGAGGCUGCCAGCAACUUCGACUGGCUUGUCAAGUACCUGCUGGAGAGCGUCAGGAUUUUCCCGGAAGCGGCGCGUAGCUUUUUUCCAUGGAAUGGAAUUUCGUCUUCGCGUGCCUUUGCCGCGAACAUUGAGAGCGCCCUGGCUCUCCCCCCAGAUCAGCAGGGCCUGCCAAAAUGGCUUUGGGAGGAUGAAGGACGCAACCCUCGCAUCCAGCAAGGUUCAGAGGGUCGCUACCGGAACGAGUUCAUUCAGCAGCGUCUUCUCGGGGCCGGUGGUUUUGCUCCUGUGUACGUCUGUCGGAAGAAGAUCGAUGGCCGCUUGUACGCGAUUAAGAAGAUUGCAAUGACAGAGGCGCAGUCUGAGAAGGUUCUGCGAGAAGUGCAGACUCUCGCUGCACUGAACCACAAGAACAUUGUUCGCUACUACGAUGCGUGGGUCGAGGACGGGUGCGAUGAGGACUUGCGUGAGUUCGUUGACACCGACGCGGAGGAUGAGGAAGAUGAGGAAGAUGAGGAGAUCAAGCACGGCGGGAAAAUGCUAUCACCCCAAUCGCGUGCCGCUGCCCGUGCUUCAUUGUCCUCGGAUACUGACCGCACCGCUUCGCUCUACUCGUCAGCAGAGGAAAAGAGCAGCAGUGUGGACACGAGCGAGGAGGACGACGAAUCCGGUGAAUCCUGCAGCGAUAGCGGUGACGCGCGAAGUGAUGUCAAAAUGCACGAGCCAAAGGGGAGGCGGCCGUCCAUGAAUUUCCAGACGCUUUACAUUCAAAUGGAGCUGUGCUCUGCCCGAUCACUUCGCCAUUUGAUUGACGAAAGCGACUCCAGCGACUCUGGUGGCAUCUUUUCUUCCGCCAACGGAGAAACGGUCGCCGUGUCCAUUCUCCGCCAGCUCCUCUCCGUCACAGCUCACACGCAUCGCGAGCGCAUUGUUCAUCGAGAUCUGAAGCCUGAAAAUGUGCUAUUCGAAAUGGAGUCGAACCACAACAGUGAGGCUGGGAUCAUCCGCGUCGCAGACUUUGGCCUGGCGCGCGUGAUGAGCGGCGUAAAGCGUAUCAGGAGCGUUCUGGACGUGGAUGAGGUGAACACGCCGACAAAUUUGGUCUCCGCCAACUAUCCCACAGGCAACUGCGGCUCGGUGCUGUACUGCGCGCCAGAGCAGGAGAAGGGUCUCGAGUACGAUUUCAAGGUUGACGAGUUUAGCAUCGGGAUGAUCGCGUUUGAAAUGUGGCUUGCCAUCGCCGGAAAAGGCUUCCGCGAGCGUUUUACUAUUAUGGGCGAAGUCUGGCGCACUGGCAAGCUUCCGCAGUGGUUUGCGCGGUGGAACCCGACGAUGGCCGAUAUCAUCGAGAAGCUGCUGGAGCCUGACCCGCGUCGACGCACCACCUGCGAGGCUGUGCUGAGCACGGCUGAGCUUCCAGGUGAUCCGGCUGAUCUCACAAGUGCGCUGGACACAGUGGACAGGUAUGGCGAGAGAAUAGCUGGACGCAUCAUCCAGAAAAUCCAACGAAUCGGAUCUGAGUUCCGCAAGCCAUCGAGGGCAUCCCGCGACGACGCUCAAUUUGUCGGAUCGUCGCAGUGCACAGAUGUGGUGCAAGCGGUUCAGGUGAUCGGCAUGCUGCACGGCGCCGUCCCGUUGGCGCUCUUUGACCCGACUGUGGCAAUGAACCCUAAGCUGGCUGAGAUGAAUGUGGACUGUGUGAUGGACAGCAGUGGCCGCAGCGUUGCCUACUCUGCCCUUCCAUACUUUGCGACAGCGUCGUUUCUCGGCAUGCAGGAGAAUAGCUCCAUCGGCUCCUUUUAUCAGUUUUACCAUCGCGUUCGAUCCUAUGUCAUAUUCACGACACCGCUGCCCCACCACGGUGUAUUCAACGAGUGUGUGCUGGAGCCGUUGCUGUCGCUAUGUCAUCUGCUCGCGUUGACAAAAACGACGGAGCCGAUGGAGGUGAUUGUGUCGCACGUCGACUGGCUAAAGACAGUGUUUCCCGCCGAGAUUGGAACGCGGUCACCGCCACCUGCGCUGUGUCAUCUGCGCAGCGAGAUCCUCACAGCAGACCAGAUCGGGCAUGCUAUCUCAAGUAUCACGGAGAGUCUGUGCGCUGCCGGACUGCUGCUGUGCGACGAGCGUGACGAGUACAUCAAAAAGUUCACAAUGGCAGUUGUCGACGUCAUAAACACGUUUGCGAAGCACAUGAAUACGCACCUCACUCUAGUUAUGGACCCGGCACUGCAGCCCAGCGACUUGCUCGUUGCGCGAAAAGCCCUGGAGACGGGCGUCAUUUUCGAGUGUCGCUCUACGCGCGGGGCGGUACCGCUGGCCUUUGGCUGUUUCCUGGACAACUUCACUGCGAACUGCACCGUUGUGAACCCCGACGUUUCUGCAUUCUCCGUAGUGGUGGACGUGCAGCACCUCCUCAACGUGGGCAAGCACGUACACGUGACUUGGCGUGAGAAUCUUCUGUUGGAUGGUGUCGCUUUGCGGCGACACGAUUUAUACUCGCUCACGCAACUCCCUCACGUCGUGGAGGCGGCGAUUCAGCUGUGGAAGGGAAACAUACGGGCGUGCAUCCGCGCUGACACGGACGCUCGCGCACUGGCGCGGGCCCUGAAGGCGAAGCAGAUCAGGUGGUUACUCGUGGAUGGGAAGCGGAUCGUAGCGGUGUCAACGAAUCAGCAGGGUAAAGUAAGCGGACACAGUGGCGACAUCGCGCUCGACGAUCUGCGACAAACUGUCCGCAGCCUUUCCGUAAAGGAUAAGUCGACAAGCAGUGCGAGCAUCGACGUUCAGUUCCUUUCGGGAAAGGUUGAGACCCGCACAGCUGAUAAGAUUGUAGAGCUGUUCUCCACAAUGAUGACACCGCCUCCGUCCACAGUGGUGGUGGUGAAUACUGACGUGAAGCGCAUUCACGAAUGUCUGGAACAGUUUAACGAGUCGGCGCCGGACUCGCCACCCGAGACCCUUGCAGAGCCCACGCUGGCCAGGUGGAUAAAGGCUAACGCUGCGACGUCGAGUGUGGUGCCUGUCUACUCCCUGACCGAGGGAAAGAUAGUCUUUUUUGUGAACUACAAACGAUUCAAGGUCUCUGGCAAAAAGAAAUAA